AUGGGGACUCGUCUCCGUGACGGCAUCACGCAGCCCAAGCACCACACAAAUGGCACUAUACGAUACCCCAUUCCCCGUGCUCUUUUAACUGUGCUUGAAAAUACUGAACCAACUUGUUUUUCUCAGGCUACCACACAUCCUAAAUGGUGUGCUGCAAUGUCGGAAGAAAUCAAUGCUUUGCUACGGAAUAAAACUUGGUCCCUUGUUCCUCCAUCUUCCAAUCAUACUCCUGUCGAAUGCAAAUGGGUCUUUCGCAUCAAGCGUAAUUCUGAUGGCACUAUAGAACGCUAUAAAGCACGCCUAGUUGCUAAGGGCUACCACCAAUGUCCAGGCAUUGACUACUCGGAGACCUUCAGCCCCGUUGUCAAACCACCCAUCAUUCGCACGCCCCCUGGCUUUGUGGAUCCUGCUCACCCUCAUCAUGUGUGCAAGCUCCACAAAUCCCUUUAUGGCCUCAAACAAGCUCCACGUGCAUGGUUGAUCCGCAUUAGCACUUUCCUACUCUCUGUGGGCUUUCAUCGAAGUUUGGCUGACUCCUCACUCUUUAUUUUGCGGCAUGCUUCUCGUACUAUGUUUCUUCUCCUAUAUGUUGAUGACAUAGUCAUUACUGGCAGCGAUUCCUCUCUCUUACAAACCUUUAUUGCUCUUUUGGGUCACAAUUUUGACAUUAAGGACCUUAGUCCUCUUAGCUACUUCUUGGGUUUACAGGUUCAUUCUCAGGAUGGUGCUCUUCAUCUUAAUCAACUUCAAUAUGCUCAUGAUUUGCUUCAAAAGAGUAAUCUCAUACAUGCACAGCCUGCCCCUACUCCCCUUGCUGCAAAACCACUACUCACAGCAACUAAGGGUGCCUUGCUUGACUCUCCCACUGAAUAUUGUGAACUUGUUGGGAGUCUACAGUAUCUCACCCUCACCCGCCCUGACAUCUCAUUUGCAGUCAACACUGUUGCCCAAUUUAUGAGCUCCCCUCGCUCUACUCACAUGGUUGCUGUCAAACGGAUCCUUCGCUAUGUCAAAGGCACACUUGAUUUUGGUCUCACUUUCCAGCCGCAACAUGCCUCUUCUCGACUUCUGGUAUACUCAGAUGCGGAUUGGGCUGGUUGCCCUGACUUGCUGCGUUCUACGACUGGCUACCUUAUCUACUUGGGCUCCAACCUUAUCUCCUGGUGCUCCAAGAAGCAACCCACUGUGUCACGCUCAAGUGCAGAAUCUGAGUACCGCACUCUUGCUCAUGCUUGA